CCGUUUUGCUUUGCUUGUUCUGCCUCUCUGUUCUUAUUCUUCUUCAGUCUGCCAUUUCAUCUUCGUUGUAUCGCACUGUGGCUUCCUCGCUCAGCUGAACGAAAACAAGGUUGAUAGCUUCCGCAUUCACAUGUCCCUUUAACGUUGCCUUCAAUUUGGCUGAAAUCUGAUUAAAAAGCCAUGCAGAAGGAUACUAGUCUACAUGUCCCUGCCCCGUCAACCCCCACUGGUCGGGUUAGGAAUCGGAAACGCUCAAAUGAGGCCAUUCCAGAAGAUGGCAAAGCAAAUGGAAACCAUUUACUUGCUGAUGACAAGAACAAAUACAAGUCUAUGUGGAUUCGUGCUCAUUCAACAUUUUGGAUGAUUGCUGGCUUUGCUUUAGUAAUCUAUAUGGGUCAUCUCUAUAUUACUGCGAUGGUGGUGGUUAUUCAAAUCUUUAUGGCAAAAGAGCUUUUCAAUUUACUCAGGAGAGCUCAUGAAGAUAGGCAGCUGCCAGGAUUUAGGCUAUUAAAUUGGCAUUUCUUCUUCACUGCAAUGUUAUUUGUGUAUGGACGAAUCCUGAGUCAACGUCUUGUCAACACUGUGACGUUGGACAAGGUUUUAUUUAAGCUUGUGAGCAGCCUUAUAAAGUAUCAUAUGGCAAUCUGCUACUCCUUGUACAUUGCAGGGUUUAUGUGGUUCAUUCUCACGUUAAAGAAGAAAAUGUACAAGUAUCAAUUUAGCCAGUAUGCUUGGACACACAUGAUUCUGAUUGUUGUGUUUACACAAUCUUCCUUCACUGUGGCAAACAUUUUUGAGGGAAUUUUCUGGUUUCUUCUUCCAGCAACACUUAUUGUCAUUAAUGACAUUGCUGCUUAUAUCUUUGGUUUCUUCUUCGGAAGAACCCCAUUGAUCAAGUUAUCUCCUAAGAAAACUUGGGAGGGUUUUAUUGGAGCAUCCAUUGCAACCAUAACCUCUGCAUUUCUGCUAGCGAACAUCAUGGGUCGUUUCCAGUGGUUAACGUGUCCAAGGAAGGAUUUAUCAACUGGUUGGCUUUAUUGUGAUCCUGGUCCACUGUUUAAGCCAGAGUCAUACCCCUUACCAGGAGCUAUUUCUCAGUGGUUUCCUUGGAAAGAGAUAUCAAUCCUACCAGUUCAAUGGCAUGCUUUAUGUCUUGGCUUAUUUGCAUCAAUUAUUGCACCCUUCGGAGGUUUCUUUGCAAGUGGUUUCAAAAGAGCUUUCAAAAUAAAGGACUUUGGUGAUAGCAUUCCAGGACAUGGUGGAAUUACUGACAGAAUGGACUGUCAGAUGGUGAUGGCAGUUUUUGCAUAUAUUUAUCAUCAAUCAUUUGUUGUGCCGCAAAGUCUGUCAGUUGAAAUGAUUUUGGAUCAGAUAUUGAUGAACCUAUCAUUUGAAGAACAACGAGAUCUUUAUACAAGGCUGGGUCAGAUGCUGAGUGGAGGCUUUCAGAGGCGGCGUUAGAUUUCUACUUUGUGAUUUCAUCAUCAUUAAUUAAUUAAUGAGGGAUGAUUAAUAGAGAUAAUUUGUACAUGCUUGUUCUAAUUUCUUAGAUAAUAUUGUUUGAAAAACCAAGAAGCUGCCUAUCAGGAUGUGUAUAGUAGACCUUUACCACUAAUGUUUAACUAAAUUUCUGCUUUAGCACUUGAAAGGUGAUUACGCUUUUUUCUUUUUGAAAUAAAAUUGUAACAUUGGUCUUUUAAA